AUGGUGUAUCGUGGGUUUGGUUUAGACCAAGUUUCUCCACCAGAGAAUAAACCAUUUGAUCAACUUUCGCCUGAAGAACAAGGUGAAAAAGGUGCCCAAAUGAUGGUGGAGUUUAUGACUUCUUGUCCUGGAAAAGCUGCCAUCAGUGGUGUUACUGGUUUUGCAUUAGGUGGUGUUUUCGGUUUAUUUAUGGCAUCGAUGGCGUAUGACACACCUCUACAUACGCCAGCUCCAACCAAUGCUCCAGGUUUACCAAAUAAAGUGAAAGAGCUUGCAGAUCUACCGUUGAAACAGCAGAUAAAGAUCCAGUUUAGUGAUAUGGGAAAAAGAUCCUACUCCAGUGCAAAGAAUUUCGGUUACAUCGGUAUGAUUUAUUCAGGUGUCGAAUGUGUGGUGGAAUCGUUAAGGGCAAAGAACGAUAUAUAUAACGGUGUAGCUGCAGGUUGUUUGACAGGCGGUGGCUUGGCAUACAAGAGUGGACCUCAGGCAGCAUUAGUGGGUUGUGCGGGUUUUGCUGCCUUCUCUACGGCCAUUGAUUUAUACAUGAGAAACGAGAAUAAGAAACCACCCAAGGAUGACUUCGAUGAAUGA